AUGCUUGAUUUCUCUCAUUCUAACAAAUUCAAUGGAUCUACGCUGGUGUUGAGCAUCAACAACCAGGCUUACGUCGACUGGACUAUCUCCGUGACAAGGGACAUCACACGGCGCGAAGUGGUCAAUGUCUACAACGUCCUCGGCAGCAAGAUAUAUGAACAUCAGAACAAUUUCCUCAAUGAGUGCGACACCACCCACGCCACCUUCAAAGAGUUGGACACGUCUAUAACAGGCCUUCACACCAAGGCUGACACUGCUGGAAACCUCGCUCUCAAAGCUGUGGAAGAGAACAAACAGCUGAAGGCGGAACUGGUCACUGUCAAUGCGGACCUGGAGGUUCUCAACUGGAACAACACGGAGCUCGUCAAACAGUACAAGGAACUCGCGGCCAAGUUUACACAGUUGGAGCAAGGUCUGUCGACUCGCACCACACUUGGUAUCAGUACCGCCCCAGCCCCUGUUGUAUCACAGGCCUGGCAUAUCAAGGCAUCAGAACCACCCAAGUACAAAGGCAACAAAGGCUCAGACAUCACUCUUAAACAAUGGUUACUGUCACGAACCGCCCUCAUGGCGCUACAUUUCCUUUUCGAUUCGGACCAUUGCCUCCUGGAUCCCUUGCUACCUGGAGACUCUAGUUUCAACCUCUUGUCUCCAGUCCUGCCUGUUGAGCUCCGCUCCAGUCUCACUUUACAGAAGAUGGGCCUUUGGUUCCGUGUUCAGAACAUCACCACGGACGACAACAAGAUUACCCUGGCCCUCAUGUACUUGGAAGGCGGUGCGCACAACUAUGUCGAGGACUACGUCGAGACGGCAUCCAACAGUGGAGCCCUUGGGACCUGGGCCGACUUCACCAACCGACUCAAGGCAGGCUAUCGUCAACUGGCUCUGGAGAAGACAGCACAAACAUCUCUCGAAGAAUGGUGCUCGAAGACUCACUCCACCAUCAUUCAGUUUGCUGAGAAUUUCCACCGCUACGCCUUGAAGUCUGGUUACGCUGAUGUAGAACUCAUUGGUCAUAUCGACAACCAAGUUGGCAAGAACUCGCAGAUCCUGACAGUCAUUACGGCAAUGCGGCAAAUCAACCCGAUGUUGAUUCCUACAAAAUGA